AUGAAUGGCAUCGCAACGGGUGCCCUCGCGCGGCAGCAGCAGCAGCAGCAGCAGCAGCAGGAGGCGGAGGAGGAGGGGACUGAGGAGGAGGGGGAGGAGGAGGCGCACAACGUGCUGCAGUCCGAGCCCGGGCAAAGCGCAUCUGGCAAGGCGCCCGUCCCCGCAGCAGCGGCGGCGGCGGCGGCGAGGCGGCGGCUGCUUUUGGCGCCUGUAUCGGAAUUGUCUGCGGCGGCCGGGCGGCUCCAGAAGGAGGGUGCGCUGUUUGAGGGCGAGGCUGCAGCAGUGGCGGCCGCGGAGCGCUGCUGGGCGCGGCUGCGGCGGGCCGCGGACGGCAGGCGGCUGCGCGGGGCGCUGCCCGCGGUGGAGCCGGCGCGGUUCGUGGAAGGUGACGCGGCGUACCAACAAAAGGUGUGCAUCGAGCUUGCCUGCCGCGCAGGCCAGCUGGCCGCGGAGCACAGCGGGCAGCAGGAGCAGCAGCAGCAGCAGCAGCAGCAGCAGCAGCAGCAGCAGCAGCAGCAGCAGCAGCAGCAGCAGCAGCAGCAGCAGCAGCAGCAGCAGCAGCAGCAGCAGGGCGGCGACCCCAAAGCCAUGCUGGCGGAGGCGCAGCAGCUUGCGGCCAGCUACGGCGUGGACGCAUGGCAGCUUCGCAUCUGGCACCUGCACAGCUUCCUCCUGGCCUCUCACGACCCCUCGGUGCCGGGCACAAGGGAGGAGGUCGCGCGGCAUGCGGCGGCCGUGGUAGAGGAGCGCCCCGCGGAGGCUGCGACGCACCUGUAUCGAGAGACGUACGCGGCGAUGGCGCCCGUGGCCACGCAGCACCUGGUGUCGGUGCUGGGACUGAUCUCAGACGCGCUACGCACCGCGGCGGCCCGCCAGCAGCAGCAGCAGCAGCAGCAGCAGCAGCAGCAGCAGCAGCAGGACGAGCGGAUGGCGGAUAGAGACCAGCCAGCGGGGUCCGCGGCGGGGGAGGGUGCCCUGCGCGUCGACGCGGCGGCGGUCUCGGCGUCGCUGCCGCCGCUGGACAGGCUGCGUGACCUGUUGGCCAAGAGCGCGCGCGCUCUGCCCGGCCUCGCGGCAAAGCACCUCGCAUCCGCCCACGUCGCGACGCUCGUCGGCCCCUGCCUGCCCGCGCCGGCGGCGCCGCCGCCGGACGCGGCGCCGGACGCCGCCGCGUUUGCGCUGCAGGGCACGGCGGCGGUGGCGGAGCACGUCGCGCGGGCGGGCGCGGGCGGCGCGGCGGCGGUGUCCAAGCUGCUGAGGCACCUGGCGGUGGUCGGGGACAUGCUUGAGGGGGCGUCCCCCGCGCGCCACGCGGCGCUGCGCCGCGCGCUGCUGCAGUUGGGCGGCCCGGGCCUGCCAUACCUGGCGCUCUGCUGCGACGCCCUCGCCACGCGCGGCGAUGAAAGCAGCGGCGGCGCAGCUAUCGCGGGCGAGCAGGCGCGCGCGGAGGCGGCGCGGGCGGCGGUGACCCCCCACCUGCCGAGGCUCGCGCCGCAGCACUUGGCGGCGCUCGGCGCGUUCGUCGCGGGCGCCGGCCCGCAGCCGCUGGCGGUGGCGGCGGUCGGGGCGCUGCGCGUGCUGGACAUGGCGCCGGCGACGCGCGUGCUGCUGCUCUCGGACAUCGCUGCUCUGCUGUUUGACCCAGAGGCCCCGGUCGGCGCUCCGCCGCCCGCCGCCUCCGCCCCAAAAUCCGCCCCAUCCGCCCGCGUCUGGUGGCUGCCGCCGCCUGCGCCGCCGGCGCUGAACCCCAAGCGCCGCGCGGCCGCCGCCCCGUUGCUCCGCGCCGCGCGGGGGCUGGCGGCGCGCGGCGCGGCCGCGGCGGCGUGCGAGGAGGCGGGGCUGGCAGAAGGCGACACGGCGACGCUGUCGGAGGCGGUUGGCGAGUGGGUCGCGGGGCAGGACGGCAUCAUGGAUGUCGGGAGCAAUGGCGAGGCGCAGGAGGGGCCGGCCGCCCUUCAGCGGCUGUUUUCGCGCCUGGCGUCGGUGGGCAUGCUUGCAGGACCCCUCCUGGACCUGGCUGCUUACCUAUUCGCCCUCAAAGGCAGCGGCUGCAGCAGCGGCGGCGGCGGCGGCAGCGGCGCCCUCAGCAAUGGUGGCAGCACAAGCCGCAGCAGCAGCGCCGGCGCCGGCGCUACGGGCGGAGACGGCGCCGCGGCACAACCAGUGGAUGGGGUUGGCCCAGCGCGCGCCGGCAGCAGCGUCACAGCCGCCAGCGGCAGCGACUCUGGAGCCUUAUGUGGGGCGCAGGCGGCGGUGGCGGCUGCCGUGUGUGGCGCCGCGUCGGCUGCGCUGGCGGUGGUGGGUGAGGAGCUGAGGAGCGCGAGGGAGGGCGGCGGCGGCGCGGACGCGGGGGACGGCGGCCGCGAGGCGCUGAUGCGCCUGGAGGUGGUGGCGUCGUGCCUGGAUGCUCCGACUGCAUCAGCAGCAGCGCAGCAGCAGCAGCAGCAGCGGCAGCAGCAGGAGCCUGGCGCAGAGGAGAUCGGGUCAUCCGACCAACGGCUCGCACCUUUGCGCUCGGCCGUCUGGCAGCUUCUCAUCGGCUUCCUGGCGGGCGUCCCGACCGACGACUACGGGCACAGCGCGGUCUCCUCACUGCUUGAGCUGCAGGAGGACAUCAGGGGCAGCAGCAGAUGGGGGGCCUGGACGCCAGGCGGCGGGGACCGCCCCCCCCGGCCGCCGGCCGGCGCUGGGGGCGAGCGAGGCGAAGCGGAUGGCGGCGGCGGCGGCGGCGGCGGCGGCGGCGCGGCUGGGGGCGGCCUGCUGUUUGCGCGCACGAUGGGCGCCAUCGGCCGGCUGUGGCCGGGGUUCAAGGUGCUCCCCGACGAUGUGGCCAGCCUCGACGCCGCCGGCGCCCUGUUCGGUCGCCUGCUGCUGGCGUCCUCGUCGCGGCCGCAGCUACUGGCGCUGCAGGCGCUCCUGAAAGACGUCUGGAGGGAUGGCGAGGCGCUGCCGCAGCAGCGGCAGGAGCACCAGACAUCGCAGCAGCAGCAGCAGCAGCAGCAGCAGCAGCAGCAGCAGCAGCAGGAGCAGCAGCGUGAUGAUUCGGCUCCAACGGGUCCGACCGGCACCCAGCAGCAACAGCAGCUGCAGCAGCAGGAGCAGCAGGCAAAGACCGGCAUUGCUGAGGAGGCUGGCGAUAGGACACCUGUCUCGCCGCUUCACGCCAGCUGGGCGGCGCUGUUUGAUGCAAUGGUGCACAAGGGCGAGGCAGAGCUGGUGCUGCUUGUGUUCGACCAGCUAGCGGUGGAGGGAGCAAGAUCCCAGCAGCAGCAGCAGCAGCAGCAGCAGCAGCAGCAGCAGCGGUGGCAGGAAAUGCGUCGGCAGCUGCUCCCUGUUUCGCAAGAUGAGUGCGCGCAGCUCAUUGCUGGCUGUGAGUCAUCUGGCGGCCUGCCCCUGGCGCUGUGCCUGGGGUUGCUAUCGCCGUACCCACCACAGCAGCAGGCUGCCAUCGCGCGCCUGCGCCGCAGCAGCUUGCCGGCGAGCGACGCCUUCAAUGCGCACCUGCUGUGUGCCGUGCUGCACCGCGGCUGCUUCGCGAUGCUGGCGGCCUCGCCGCCGCAAGUGGAGCAUGCUCAGCACGCGCAGCAGCUGCCCCCACAGCUUGCGUUCAGCCAGCUCUGCGCAUUGCUUGCCGGCACGUCGGCUCCGCCGCUGCGCACGCCUCCCAGCGCCGCCGCAGCCGACGCGCCGACGGAGCAGCCGCGUGCGGCCUUGACCGCCGGCGCGGGCGACUUGGGCGCCGCGCUGCUGCUGCACGCAGUUUGCCAGCUCGUGUCUGCCGGCCAGGCCGCGUCGGCUGCGCAGCUCGCGGCUGCACGGCUGCGGUUCCACCCUGUGCUGUCGUUUUUCGGCGGCUCCAGGCUGGUGCUGGAGCGCUACCUCGCAUGCGCUGCAAAUGCGCACCCAGCGACGCCAGCAGGCCAAGGCGCGGGCGGCGACGGUGCGCCGUUGCCUGACUGCUGCGCCGCCCUGCGCGCUGGCAUGGUGGCAGGGGCACGGGCCGCGUAUGAGCGGCUGGCGGAGGGCACGCAGACGGUUUGA